GCGUAGGCAUUACUAUGCCAACUGGUGAACAAUAUAGUUCUUAGCGCUGUUUAGAAGCAGUCAUUAAUUAUACAAGCCAUUCGCGAGUUUCACAACAAAAAAUUGAUCCAGCAUAACUUGAGAAAUAAGAAGCUGGUGAUAAGAAAAAUUUAAUCUCAGUGCGGCGCUGGCAGCCUCCAUAAUAAUAACAAUCAUAAUCACAAUCAUUAGCAGCAGUAUCAGAGCGCGCUGCUGCGUGCCACAAAGACAGCAGCCAGCUUGAAUGGCUUCACGACAAGAUUAUCUGCGAGCAUUCGAGUUCCGAAGGCGAAACCUAUGGGAGCCCUAUAACGAGCAUGACGUCUCAGUGCGUUCAACCCUGCGUACGUCGGAAGACUCCAAGAAAUCACAGCAAAACCAAGGCUUAGCGGCUGCAAUGGAAUACGUCUCGGCCGAGCACACGUCAGGCUUCAAAGUCCUACCGCCCGAUGUCGCCACUGAGAACGCUGCCCUCACAUCUUGUGACCCCUCUCAACAACACAACGAAUCCGAAUUCGAAAAUGGCGAAUCACUGGUUGUAGCUCCUCCUAUUUCGAGAUCCCCAGAAGCGGACAGUGGCUCUGAAACGGCAACUCGCGCAUGCGUGAGCGAACCAGCACCUCCCACCACCACCGGCAUCACAGCUGUCUGUAACAGCAUUUCCCCAAACUACUGCCCCGUCGAUUACCAUACCAACAAUGGUUACAGCGGCAAGUUACAGGACCAGGCAAUAGAGGACGCCACUGCAGCGGAGGGGGAAGUAGAAGACCGCGAAGAAGUGGUGGAUCCCUACCGCAGCAACACCAGCACAGAUCAAGACAACCACCACAAUGAUAAUGGUCUUUUAGCAUUAGGGGGAGGCGUGACGAGUACUAGGAAGAGCGGCGUUAACCACCACCAGAACAUUGUCCUCCAGGGCGAAGAGGGAGAACUCGUGAGUCUAGAAAAAAGGCGCUGCGUUAGGCUUAGAGAAGACACAUUGUCUAUCAGUGACAGCGAUCGGCAUCGAACAGGAGCGGGGAGCAGCGCACAUCAGCAACAGGGUGUUACGGAAGCUGAGUCGCGUGUACCGUACUUGGACUUGAGAGUGAUUCAGCAGCAGGGCCGAUUUGUGAGUAUCGAGACGACCAGCGAUAGCCGCCUGCAAAACAUUACUGAUACAGCACUUUACGACCGAGAGGGUGUGAAGCAGGCAGCAGGGGGCGGUAGCAGAUAUCAUCUCGAGCAAUUGACAGCCGGACCCAACAAUAAUGACAUGCCGUAUUCCGCAACCACUUCGCCCCCAAAUAAUCUGGAAGACUUGUGCAUGAGGCAACAGCAGCAGCAUCUUGUUGAGAAUUCAUCAGAACACGGCGCCUCCGGAAACGUCGUGCUCACCGCUCAGCCACAUCACAGUUUUCAGCUCCACGGUCAGGGAAUGAGGAUUCGCAACGAUGCACUUCCUUUUGGAGCGUUAUUUCCUCAUUUGACCACAAAUAAAAUACUUACAGAGCAACAUUUCAGCACUGCAUCACAGGUACUAUCGUUUGGUAUACAAGACAACCAUCAAAAUAGAGACACCGAAGAUAUUAUCGAUAAAACUCGAAGCCAUCACCAACACCAUAAUCAGAUUAAUGGUAUUGAUGACGUAAUUCAUGCGUCAUUAAAACCGGAAGAAGAGGUUAAUUCUCACGAUUCAAGAAGCGAACGAAGCCACCAUCAGCCUCCCCAACAGUAUUUACUGAGCAGAGCGGGCUCGUCACCACAGCACCCAGACCAAGAGGAAUAUCUGCAGAGACACCAAGAAUCGUCACCAGAACCCAGACGCAGCGCGUCACCAACAGACCAUCACUUGCAGCAUCACAGCAACGUGAUACUGAGAUGAUGUCUGGUUCAUAACAG